AUGGGGGUUCCACGCCCGGCCAAAAAUGGCCUGCCCAAGUCAAAUCAACCGUCUCAACUUCCUCAGCGACCUGGAUUAUCUCAACCUGAACCGUCUGAUCCUUUACCACCAAAUCCCAUCAACAAGCAGAAAAAGCUCACACCGCUCGAUCCCAACAUGUCCAACCCUCGUCUUCUGGUCAAUCGGCCCUGCAUCUAUGAGCGCCGACUACCUGGUGAUGCAUAUAUCACCGCGCACGUAUCGCGGCUUCAGCAUGGCUUUUUCGCCAGUGAAGCUGUCUCGGAUAAAGACGCAGAUCAUGUUGAUUUCCUUGCAAUCAGCUUCGUCUUCCAUGCUCCGCACACACUCGAGCACCGAUUCAAGUCUGCUAUCAUCAAAGCCACUAUCAGGGGCAACCAUAAGAUCUCCUCAUCUCCGCAGUAUCCUCACGGCUUUCCUCCUGGCAACCCGCGCUUUCUCAUGCACGCACCACAUCUGAUCUACGGCCAUGUUUCUCCAGAGACUAUGGAGUGGACCUUCAGCCUGGCUGGAUCCUUGGGAGUCUCAGAGACACCCGUCAGCGCCAGCGUGAUUCCCUCUGGUAGUACCAGCGCCCGAUACCGACGGUACGAGAUGAUGCGCAUCCAGGGUUCAGCACGCACACUCAAAAGCCCCUGCGGUCCUCAUUACGACGUCGAGGCCGGUGAGAUCGUCUGGUCACUAGAGGAGAACAACUUGCAAUGCUCUGGUCUCCCGCGCGAGUUCACUUUCGUCAUGCUUAUCCAAAAGCCCACCGCCAAUAGUCAGCUCAUGCUGACUAUAGAGGUUGAGCCAGUCAUCCAGGCUCUACUGGGCAGGUAUCCAAGCUGGCUCCUCGCGUUCAGUCAGUAUCAGCCACUGCCACGCCGCGGGGUCGACUUCAACAGUGAGAUCGGCCAGCGCUUUGAGCCUGUGGACGAAACGCGUGGUUUCAAUUUUGCCGCCCUGGAGAGCUCGUUUGACGAUUACAUUGCGAUGCCGGGGCGCAAGUACACUCGCCAGGUAAGAAAUACUGUUUCAAAUGACGUGAAGCUAAGAAAGUGA